AUGUAUCGAGUGCUUAUCGUUGUCUUAUUCUUCAUCCUUCAGUCUGUCUUUGCCGGACCUGGAACUCAUCAUUAUGCAAAACCAGAUCAUUCCAAUUAUGGCGACUAUCAAAGUACCAGGGAGCACAUUCAAGAACAUUUCAAAGGUAUCCUGAGGGAUGAUUUACCCAAUCUAAAUGAAACCAAUAUCCAAUACUACCUCUUUGUUCUUCAUGAUUCAAAUGGAGAUGGUUACUUGGACGGACACGAACUAAGAGCAACCUAUACUGACUUUGAUGUUAAACACUUUAAUAUUCCCUUGAAUGAUAUUGUUGAAAUGAUUGAUCACACGUUAGAAGAAGAUGAUUUAAAUGGAGAUGGCCUCGUUUCAUGGGCGGAAUACCUUGAAAGUCAAGCUUACCAUGUCUGA